UCUAUUUUAAUUCGAUUCUAUUUAAGCUUCAUAAAUAAUUUCCUUUCUUUUUUCCCUCUAUAUUUGAUAUCCAGAAAAAUGCCUAUUGACAUGAAUUCUUCAAUCAAAGAAAUGAUAAAUGUUGGAGUAACAGCAAAACUCGCUUCGCCAUUGUAUAAUUUAUCAGCUGCGUUACAAAGUAGUUCAACAGAAACUGAUUGUCCGAGUCUUCACAGAAAAUACCAGAAAUUUCUUAAUGAGAAAACUUCAACACAAUCUGAUGAAACAUUAGAUAAUUCAAAAAAUCUCUAUCAACUCAAGACCAUAGAUGAGCUGAGAACACCAAAAGCAACACCUUCAAAAAUUGAAUUCUUACUUUAUCGAAGGUCACAUAACGCCAACAGAAGACUGCACAGAAAGUCGAAGAAGCAUGUAAGACAAAAAAAAUCGCAUACUUCGAUAAAGCGGCUUCUAGAAAGUGAGAGCAAAAGUGAAGAGUUAAGACAUCGUCCUCGAUCUCCUCCACCAGUACCACAGGAAACUUCGUUUGUGCAAAAGUUGAAAAAGUCCUUGGGAAGUAUGAACAAGUCAAAAAAAAGCAAGCAACAACAGAAAAACGAAACAUUAAGCCCUAAGAAAUCCAAAACUCCCAAAGAAUCUCGAAUCGAUAUUUAUCCUUUUGAUCAUGGCUGUGCAGAAUACUUGCGAACAACUGAUUUUGCACCACAAAUAAUAUCCGAACUUCUAGCCCAGAGGGCUACGGAUUAUGCCACAAGAUUUUGGGCUGAAGUUUUUGGAAGUCUUCACAUUGGAGUUGCUUUUGUUUUGACAUUUUUCCUACAAACAUAUCGGUUUUUGUUGUACAGUGUGGUAAAAUCGACUGUGGUGGGAUUUUUACAAAUGACCUCAGAUUAUGGAUUCAAACCUUUACUGACGGUAAUGUUCAAUGGUUUCUUUCAGCCUAUGUUAAUUUUUAUGCAUAAUAUAUUGUCAUCGAUGAGAGAUGUUUUGAAGCCAAUUUCAGAGACAAUGGACAGUUUUUUGAAGCCUUUGGGACACUUACUGCGGUCCAUAAGAUUGAUAACAUUCAAAGAAAGUCGAUCUAAGAAAUUGAUUAAGGAUGUUUAGGUUUAUUUUUAAAUAUUAAAAAAUGAAAUAUCAAUUUUAAAAAAUG